AUGAACCUCGAGUUGCUCGAGUCCUUUGGGCAGAAUUAUCCAGAGGAAGCUGAUGGAACUUUGGAUUGUAUCAGCAUGGCCCUGACUUGCACCUUUAACAGGUGGGGCACACUGCUUGCAGUUGGCUGUAAUGAUGGCCGAAUUGUCAUCUGGGAUUUUUUGACAAGAGGCAUUGCUAAGAUAAUUAGUGCACAUAUCCAUCCAGUCUGUUCUUUAUGCUGGAGUCGAGAUGGCCAUAAGCUCGUGAGUGCGUCCACUGAUAACAUAGUGUCUCAGUGGGAUGUUCUCUCAGGAGACUGCGACCAGAGGUUUCGGUUCCCUUCACCCAUCUUAAAAGUCCAGUAUCAUCCAAGAGAUCAGAACAAGGUUCUCGUGUGUCCCAUGAAAUCUGCUCCUGUCAUGUUGACCCUUUCAGAUUCCAAACAUGUUGUUCUACCGGUAGACGAUGACUCGGACUUGAACGUGGUUGCAUCUUUUGAUAGGCGAGGGGAAUAUAUCUAUACAGGAAAUGCAAAAGGCAAGAUUUUGGUCUUAAAAACAGAUUCUCAAGAUCUUGUUGCUUCCUUCAGAGUAACAACUGGAACAAGCAAUACCACAGCCAUUAAGUCAAUAGAGUUUGCCCGGAAGGGAAGUUGCUUUUUAAUUAACACGGCAGAUCGAAUAAUCCGAGUUUAUGAUGGCAGGGAAAUCUUAACCUGUGGGAGAGAUGGAGAGCCUGAACCUAUGCAGAAGCUGCAGGACUUGGUCAAUAGGACCCCGUGGAAGAAGUGCUGCUUCUCUGGGGAUGGGGAGUACAUAGUGGCAGGGUCAGCCCGGCAGCACGCCCUGUACAUUUGGGAGAAGAGCAUAGGCAACCUGGUGAAGAUCCUCCACGGGACAAGAGGCGAGCUCCUGCUGGAUGUGGCUUGGCAUCCUGUUCGACCCAUCAUAGCAUCUAUUUCUAGUGGAGUGGUAUCUAUCUGGGCGCAAAAUCAAGUAGAAAAUUGGAGUGCCUUUGCACCAGACUUCAAAGAGUUGGAUGAAAAUGUCGAGUACGAGGAAAGGGAAUCAGAAUUUGAUAUUGAAGAUGAAGAUAAGAGUGAGCCGGAGCAGACAGGGGCUGAUGCUGCUGAGGAUGAAGAAGUGGAUGUCACCAGUGUGGACCCUAUUGCUGCUUUCUGUAGCAGCGAUGAAGAACUGGAAGAUUCAAAGGCUCUAUUGUAUUUACCCAUUGCCCCUGAGGUAGAAGACCCAGAAGAAAACCCUUAUGGCCCCCCGCCGGACGCAGUGCAAACCUCCUUGAUAGACGAAGGGGCCAGUUCAGAGAAGAAGAGGCAGUCCUCAGCAGAUGGGUCCCAGCCACCUAAGAAGAAACCCAAAACAACCAACAUAGAGCUUCAGGGCGUCCCAAAUGAUGAAGUCCAUCCACUACUGGGUGUGAAGGGGGAUGGCAAAUCCAAGAAGAAGCAAGCAGGCCGGCCUAAAGGAUCAAAAGGUAAAGAGAAAGAUUCUCCAUUUAAACCGAAACUCUACAAAGGGGACAGAGGUUUACCUCUGGAAGGAUCAGCGAAGGGUAAAGUGCAGGCGGAACUCAGCCAGCCCCUGACAGCAGGGGGAGCAAUCUCUGAACUGUUAUGA